AUGGAUGAACCACGCCCCAUGAAGGAGUACACUUUACCAACAAUCUCCAAUCAUCCAAGUUGCAUCGUGCUUCCACCAUGUGCCGUUGCUUUUGACAUAAAGCCGGGGACUAUUGCAAACUUACCCCUCUUCUUUGGCUUGCCAAGUAAUGAGCCAUACUUGCACCUCCAAGAGUUCAAUGAAGCAUGCUCAACCGUUCAACUUUUGGGUAUUGAUGAAGGCAACUUGCGUCUUCGGCUCUUCCCCUUUUCAUUGAAGGACAAAGCUAAGAAAUGGUUGUACAAGCUUCCCCCAAGUAGUAUCCAUACUUGGGAAGAGAUUCAAAGGGUAUUCCUCAAGUUCUAUUUCCCUCCUCACAAGUCUAAUUCAUUGAGGAAUGAGUUGAUGAACUUCCGAGAGCUACCAAAUGAGUCAUUCUAUGAGACAUGGGAGAGAUUCAAGGAUAUAGAAGGUGGUGUUCCCAAUCAUGGCCUCUCUAAGGUAGCGGUUCUAAGUGCCUUCUACACCGGGCUUUCACAAGACACAAGGAGGAGAGUUGAUAAUGCUUGUGGGGGAUGUUUCAUGAACAAGACCGAAGAUGAAGCGAUGAAGAUUCUAGAUAAAAUGAGUGAAUCUUCUCAACUCUAUGAUAUUGCCUCGGAUAGAAAGCCAAUGAUGAUGAAGAGUGCACAAGUACCUAUGAGGGAGCAAGAGCAAAGGAGAGGCAUGUAUAAUGUUGAUAUUCCAAGUGUUCAAAUACAACAAGAGUUGAAGCGGAUAGAAGGAGAAAUGCAAAAGAAACUUGACAUGAUUCUACAAGCACAAGGAAGACCCCUCAAUCAAAUGGCAUCACCAAGCCAAAUUCGAAAGCCUAGUUUGGGAGUCAAAUCCAUGGAGCAAGCUUGCUUGAUUUGCGAAAGUGUGUACCAUAGAACAACGGAGUGUUCACAAAGCGAAAUGUACCCGGAAUUGAUAGAGCAAUGCAAUCUUCUCAGCAACCAAACAAGGCCAAAGAAUGAUCCUUAUAGCAACACUUAUAAUCCCGGGUGGAGGAAUCACCCUAAUUUUGGUUGGGGUGGGAAUCAAAACCGUGAACAAUGUCAAGGUUACCAAAGGCAAGGAGGUGGCUAUCAAGGUGCAAGUAGCUCACACUUCAACAAUCAAGGAGCAAACAAUGCUUAUCAUGCUCCUAGACCACCUUAUCAAGCACCACCUCAACAACCUCUACCUCUACAACAACCCCAAGUGCCAAUUCAAGAAGCAAGAAAGACACCUACCCUUGAAGAAAUGAUGACGGCCUUUGUGAAUAAUCAAGCAAAGCAAGAUGAGAAGAUCAAUGUCAUUCAACAAAGUGUGAGCAAGCUUGAGGUACAAAUGGGGCAACUAGCUAGUGAGUUAAGUCAAAGGAGGCAAGGUGUAUUUCCAAGCCAAGUGGAGACUAACCCAAGACAUGAAGCCAAAGCUAUUACCACCUUGAGAAGUGGAAGGCAAGUGGAGAACAAUGUGUACAUGCCUACCAAUGAAGAAGAUGUAACUCCAAGGGAGCCACCCGGUUUUGAAAGAAGAUCAAAGGGGAAAGCAAGAGAGUUGUCACAUGGAGAAGUCAUCUUAGGCUUCAAUGAUGGUGAAGAAGAAGUUUUGAAUGAUAAGAAGAAUGCUUAUGCCGAUGAGAAGCAAGAAGAAGCCUUGAAGGACAAUUUCAAUGCCAAGGUUGGAACUCAUGAUAAUGAAGACUCUCCUUCUACUCUAAUUGAAAGGCCAUUCAAAAGAGGUAUGACCUUCAAUCCUCCUUUGAAGAUUGUGCAAGAUGAAGAAGUGUCUCUCCCUUACCCUCAAGCUAUAUGGCAACAAGAGAAAAAACUCAAGAAAGAGAGCCAAUUGAGGGAGAUGAUUGAUUUGUUCAAGAAGGUUCAUAUAAACAUUCCACUCCUUGAAGCCGUGAAGACAAUCCCAUCUUAUGCUAAGUUCUUGAAGGAUAUGUGCAUGAAGAAGAAAAAGUUCAAAGAACAUGACCAAGUGGCUCUUUGUGAAGAAGUGAGUGCUAUCAUUCAAAGAAAGCUUCCACCAAAGCUCAAAGAUCCGGGAAGCUUCACUAUUCCAAGCAAGAUUGGAGAAACUACUUUUGACAAUUGCUUGAUGGAUCUUGGGGCAAGUAUCAAUUUAAUGCCCUAUUCGGCUUUAAAGAAGCUUGGUCUUGAAGGAGCUUUGAAACCAACUUCAAUCACUCUCCAAUUGGCGGAUAGAAGCGUGAGGUAUCCUAGAGGAAUCUUGGAGAAUGUGCUUGUCAAUGUUGCAAGGUUUGUGAUACUGGUGGAUUUUAUAGUCCUAGACAUGGAGGAAGCCCCCAUGGUUGACAAUGAGCUUCCUAUCAUCUUUGGAAGAGCUUUCAUGGCCACUGCCGGUGUCAAGAUUAAUGUGAAGAAAGGCACCAUGAGCAUGAAGGUACUUGGAGACAAAAUCAAGUUCCAAAUCUUUCCUCCCCUUCAAAUUAUGGAUGACAUGAUUGAAUGCUACUUUUUGGGUUACUAUGGAGAGGCAAGAGUAAGGGGAGAUGAGAAAAAUAAGAAAGAAGUUUGGGCACCUCUUCCGGUCUUACCAUGUUCACAAGGCUUUGAGUCACUCCUCACCCCCAUCAAGAAGAAGAAACAAAUUGGAGGAUUGCUCAAGGGAGCACUUGUUGACAUGAGAGCUUGCCUUGGAAGUUCAAAGAAGGUAAACAAGGGAGAUGGUUGUCUCAAGAAGCCCCCUUGA